AUGUCUGAGGUCCUCGCAUGUGGUUCCAUGGCGUCUCCGAGAGACAAGGCCCCCGGCGUGGCGUCGACAGGCGAGGGCGUGCCCCCAGAAGAUUUUGCUGCAACCCCAGACGGAACUGGAUGCAGUCAGACGUCCCUUUCGACGCUCUCGACGACUGCAGCGACAGCAGUGUCCCCGACAACUGACCACCUCGGGACUCAUGCCAGUGAGUCCUCUGCUGUGGCGUCUUUCUCACCGCCGCCCAGCCGCUUUCUGCCCCGUGACAACCUGUCCAGCGUUCUUGCUGGCUCGACUGCGCCGUCCGGGCCAGGCUGCGUCGAAGGCUGCUCUCCCGGACUCUCCAGUCCGCGUGCUCAGCGCCUCCUGUUCCCGCCUUUGGCGUCGCGCCUUUCGAGCGGCGAAGGGGACACGGGCGCCGCUUCGGUCUCCGACUUGGGCGGCUCCGCAGGCAAGGCCAGCGACGAGGGAAGUGCGUGCCGGUACCUCGAGCCUCGCGGGGGCGGCGUUCCGCCUUCCUCCCUGCCGUUGGGUCAGCCUCCAGCGUAUGCAGUGCGCGCUGAUCGGACGUCCCCGGAGCAGCCGUUUCCGUUCUAUCCGCAAGGCGAAGCAGCCCGUCGGGACCUACCGUCUCUACCUUCCCAGGCUUCGGCCUCUGCGUACCACCCUUUCUCGGACCGGCAUUUCCUCUCGAUGGGCGGAGGCGACAUGGAAGUCCCCCCCGCGUUCCCUCCCAAUCGGCUCCCGCCGGCGACGGCCACGCCGACUCGAGCAUCCGCAGUCGAGGCUGGCGACGCCGCGCAUGCGGGUCCUUUGACUUGCGAGGGAUUGGGCGGCGACGGCGCGAUCGGGUCUGCGUCGGGGAAAACUCGACAGGUGCGCCGCUCCCAAGCUUCGCUCUUGGCUUCCGCCCUCGGCCACCCGCACGCCGCGCCCUUCCAGCACUCUGGGCCCCCUCCUCAUCUUGUCCCACCGACCCCUGGGGGCAGCUACCCGUUCUCGCCUUCAUCGUCCUUCUCGGUGCCUCGCCCCGAGCCGUCCGGCGGCGCUCGCGACGCGCGCGGCGAACAAGCCGCGCAAGAGUCCCUUGCCUCGAGUGCGCGUACACCGUCCCCGGGAGUCCGUUCGUCUUCUUGCGCGUCGAGCGGUGUCGCCGCCCUGCAGUCUUCUUCCCUCGCCAUCGGAAGCGUCCAGGCCUCCAUUCCAGGGGUUCAGGAAAUGGCCAGGCACCCGCCGCCUCUGUGUCCCUCGCAGGGGAAUGGAAACAAAGGCGUGCCUUUGGCUUUUCCGCGAGGCGCCGCGGCCGGCGCUGCGGGCCUCGGGUGUACGUACACCGCGUCACCUUCGCUCCACCCGACAUCGUCCGGCGCCGGCGGCCCGCAGCUCCUACCGAGUGCGUCCACGUCUUCUGCGCCCCCCUCCGCCUCGCCCGCAACGCCCGCAACGCCGCCGCUCUUCGUCCCGUCCUCUGCUUCGGGGCACGUCUGUUCGUACACCCCAGGGGCGGACCAGGGUGCAGGAUCCUGUUUUCUUCCUCCGUCCUCAACGGCAGGCCGUGCGUCGAUCUCGGCUUCAGCGGGCUACCCACCGGGCCUCUCUGGCUCCUCGUCCUUUGGCUACCCUUGUCACCAAUCCAAACUUCCUGCCGCGGCGCAUCCGCCUCUUCCCCAUCUGCUCCUUUCCCAGCCGGCGUCCUCCGUCUCCGACGGCGCGACGCCUUCCGUCACUGGCUCUUCGCUCUCUCAGCCGAGCGCCUCAACCCCUUCGUUUCUGCCUCCCGCCUCUUCCUUCUCUGGGACUCUUCUCCCGCCGCACCAGCCGGCGUCCUCCCCUUCUUCCACUUCGGCCGCGUCUUCCGUUGCGCCUCUCCACUUGCUCCGCCCGCAGUUCCCGCAUGCGCCGCUCCACAGCGCCCCCCCUGCGGCGCCUCCAACCCUCCCCGCCGCCGCCCCGCCCUCGCGCCCGGGCCCCGGGACCUCGCACGGCGCGCCUCAACACCCGAGCGCAUCCGCGUUCGCGCCAUCCGGGACCGCAGCGGCUUCAGCGGUGCAUGCAGGCUCGAGUCUCGCAGCUGUGCUCAGCGCCUUAUGCAGCGCAGGCCUCAAUCCAGGAUGUGAUUUGUGGCACGCAAAGCAGGUGCUGUGCCAGCGCGAGUCGCGUCCUCUACGUCUCAGCCGCUUCGAAAUGGUCGAGGCGUAUGCGAAAUCGACCCUGUGUCUGUCUUGCGACUCGAUGGAACACAAAAUCACCAACUGCCCCUUCGGCGAGUUCGUCUGCCCCAACUGCCACCGUUCGUCCCACCGCGGCGAGCACUGCCCGCUCCCCUGCAGGUUCUGCUUCGAGUGCCACGCGGGCAUCUCUGUGAACGAAUGCAUCCGGAGGACUGUCAGGCAGCCGCUGGAGCGUCUUCUGGGCGUGAAGAUGCCGCUGGAUGCGGCGCUCUGUCGGUCGUCUUCGGGGUCUCCCUUCUCAUCGUCCUUCUCAGACGGCGCCUCGGGGCGGUCGAACGGCCGGUGGACUUUCGAGGACCUCUCGCAGCACGUCGCGGAUCGUCCCAACACUGCGCACGGCCGCAGCGUCUACGUGUCGAACAUGGUGCCGGGGACCACGAAGGAGGCCUUGCGGUCGGCGAUCAAUCUGCUCCUCGAACACGGCUACGUGCUGUCUGUGGAGAUGCGGGAGCGCAGCAAUCUGCAGCCGUACGCGUUCGUCGAGUUGUCCACUCUGCAGGCAGCCUACGAGCUCGUCCAGCAGAAGAAAACGGCCCUGGUGAUUCGCGACCAGCAACUCAAGGUCCAGUUCAAAAAGAUCGGCCUCACGUGCACGUCCAGCUCGCGGCUGCUCCGACUCUCCGGCUCCGCAGAACCGUCUCCCCACUUCAGCUUGCUCGACGACGGCCACGGCGAGGAGGCGGCCGCAAAGGCGGGCCUCGCCUCGGGUGUAUGUACACCCGAAAAUGGACGCGACGGAGGGUUGGGCGAGGAGCGCGGCGGCGGGCCGGGGACAGGCCGCGAGGGCGGCGCAGGGGGCGUCCAGGAGCGCGCGCAGUUGGCGCAGACGCUGCUGCUGCAGAGCACGGAGCCGUUUCUCCCGACUGGCCAGUCGGUGCACGAGGUCUGUCGCCUCGUCGCGAUCAAGCUCGCCAAGGACUACGGCCUCUCGUCGCCGCUUCUCGACUCCGUGCCUUCCUGUCUCUUUGCGUCUCGCGCCGCGAACGGACCCUCCCAUACGCUCCCCUUUCUCCACCUGCAAAACGCCGUCGCUCUCAACCAGGCGAACCCGCCGCAGGCCUUCUCUUCUCUAGGGUCGCAUGCGGGCCGGCAAGAGGCUAUCGGCGAAGACUCGCGGGGGCGCGGCGGAGGAACUCUCAGCGGUUUCGGCACCCAGGCACGAAACGACUGUGGAGAGAAAGGGACACACUUCCCGUCUCCCUCGUGCUCUUCUUCCUUUGCUUCUCCCUUCUCUUCUGUCUCUUCUUUUUCGUCUGUCUCUUCGCUCUCCGCGGGUUUCUGUCCGGCGUACGCCGCGCGAAUGGCUCAGGGGCAGACACCCCUCGCGGCUCGCCAGAGCGGCGCCCUGCCGUUGAGCGGACACGUCAGUGGCCGCGGGAAUCUCGGGAUACCCCAGGGGACUGGACAGGAACCAGCGCUGCCGCAGAGUGCCGCUCCGUCGUCCUUUGGUGCUCCCUCGCCGUCUUCGUUAUCGUUUCGGCUCUUCCAGCAAGGCGCAACACAUUGUGGCGACAUGCGAAGCACCGCGGAACCGCACGCGUGCAGCCUCUCCAGCGCGCUCUCGGCUGUACAUACAGUGCCGGAGAGAGCUGCAAAUGCCAGCCGCAACUCCCGCCACUGCCACCCGUAUGAGCGCGGGGCGGGGGAACCAGGACCAGACCCCAGCGGGCGCGCGGAGGUUGCGCCGCCUCUGGACGCUCUGGCGAGGUCAGGCAGUCGAGCUGAGUUGCCGGGACAGAGCCGCGGAGCCUGCCAGCAGUCGCCACGUGGGCCUUCUCGGGGGGGGUUGGCGCGUGAUGAGGACGACGGGGCCGUGUGCGUGAUCGGGGAGGCACAGAAGCAUCUGCAGGAGGGCGGACGCCUCGGCCUCAGUUCUUUCGGCGGAUGUCUCUAUUACCCGUCGGCCACGAGGAGAGACAGCGAGGAAGAAACCCGCAGACGGCUCGAGGUGGAGUGUCCCGCGUCGCGCCACGGCGCUGCACUCGCGGAUGGCAUCUCGAAUGGAGCCCAACUAGCGGUGCACGCCGACCGCAGAGACAAUCAGCGGAAUCGGCGCCAAGAGGCGACCUCAGCGGGGACCCUUCAAGGCCGAGACGCCGAACGGCGAAGGCGAGAAGAAGGGCGGCAGGACGGGGAGAGAGAAGGGAUCGCAGAAAUCCAAAAAGGCUAUGGCGAGCCGAAUCUCCGCGACAGAUACGAGGAUAGGUGUGGACCUCCGGGUGUACGUGGACCCUUGAGUGGUGUUCGAUACGCCUGCGACGAGCUGGGAAGCCCAGAAAGCGAGAAGAACCGUCCUCAACUCGGAAGUUCUGGCAGGCUUUCGGGUGCACCCAAGAAUGGGGCGGUGAAGGCCAGUCUCAACGAGCAUGACUUCUUCAGCUUAAAAUGCUGCAACGAGGCGACUUUCUCCACUUUUCCGCGCGGCCCCUGCGGCUCCUUUGCUUCGUGGGGACGCGCCGAAGAGCGAGGCCAACAAGGCGACGCGCCUUUCUCGUCGUUCUCGACCGGCACUUCCCUGCCCGCGUCGACCUCGUCUUCGGUCACGCCUGCGCGAGAAGCGCCACACGCCGGAAACGCAGGUAACGAGGGAGCGCGACGCCAGGUGUAUGUACACCCGCCACCAGGGGUCGCUCCGCUGUCUGUACACCCCAUGGAGUUUGUGUCGAAUUCCGCGUCCCUAGGGCAAGAGACGCGCGAGAGAAAGGGCGAGCGAGAAGGCGUGAAUUCUGCGCUCGCUGCAAGCAGUCCCAAGGAAGGGCUUUCGGAUUUCCCUGGGGAAGACAGAACGGCACUGCAUGAGAAGCGCGUCGCGCCCGGGUGUGCAGAGAUCUACGGCAGGGGCCCCAAGCAUCUCCCUUCAGGUCUCUUCCCGGUUUUCGCGGACCGCCACGAAACGUGUCCACAGCGUCGAGGCGCCAGCGAUGCCGGGAGUACGUUGGACGAUUUUGAAGCUCAGGAUAUCUGUCGGCAGCGCACAUCGUCCUUUUUCUCUUCGCUUUUUCCCUUCUUUGCAAAUGAGACCUCGAGUGCCUUCACGGGGCAGCAGGAGGCGCGGCGCGUGGAGGAGGCAACUGCGGGCGUUCCGGUCCACGUCGGCCGCGCGGCAGGCGACGGGAAGGAGGUGCAUGGCGGAAAGAGAGAAGGCAACGACCGAGCUACCGAGAGUGCGGAGAGAGAAGAAGCGGGAGGGCCAGAGCCUUCGGCAUCAAACGGCGGAAGCCCGGAAGCCGCGACCACGGCGAUUGCGGGGGACGAAGGCGCCACGUUGCGGUCGUCGUUUUUUCUGUCGUCUUCUGGAGACGGCAGCACACUCUCUGGCGCGAGUAUCGGCGCGGGGACAGUUCCCGGGACCGCCACGGCGAACGGCACGCCCCUCUCGUUUUUCUCUGCCCCGUCCCUCGGAUCGUCUGUGUCCUCGCUCGCCUCCUCGCUGUCUUCUGGGGCGAUGCUGGCUGCGUCGCCGCCGAGUGGCGGGGGGCGUACACCUCACCACGAUGCAGACGGCUUGACUGCGUUCUCCGGUGUCUAUACACCUCGAGCGUUGACGAGUGCCGAGGACCCGGCGCUGGCCCUGGCUCCAGAGCCGAGCGUCGCUGGCGCCCACCCGCGCGCAGAUGAGCCUCAGUCUCAGCUGCCUCUUUCCUUUCUUUCGUCUUGGGACGUGUGGGCGUCGCGGGGCCGAGAGGGCGACACACUAGGAGACGCGAAGAUCCACUCCGCGGCGGAAGAAAGCGUCGGCGACCCCGAUCGUGUCUCGCCUCCUCUGUCCUCUCGCGCGUCUGAAGCCGCUUUCGUCUCGGCGCCGAGUGCGGGCGCGCUCCUGCGCUCGGCUCUGCCCAGCAAAGAACGGGCCGCCUUCAGAGAAGGCAGAGAAGCCGACGGCGAUGUGCGCGAAGCAGAGAGCUGUCGAGGACCAAGGAACGGACUUCCUCCGCCAGCAGGGGUGGGAGACAGCGUCGGCGCCCGCAAUCGCGCAUGUGCACCCAAGACAGCCUCGCGUGGAUGGGAAGCAGAGACUGCGAAGGAGAUUGCGAAGGAAACAAGGAGAGAGGCAUCGGAGACAGGCCGAGAGAUAGACGGGCGCGUCACGUGUUUUCCGUUUCUUUCCCGGCGCCACGGAGACACCACACGCGACGCGCCGACUGGUGCCUUGAGAGGCGGUCCGUCGCUGGAUUCUGAGACGGACGCCCUCGCUUUGAGCUCCUUGGCCCUCCCUCUGUCACUGAGCACGCGAAGCACCGAGGAGGAGGACGACCGCGAGUCAGUGCCGAAAACAAAACCGAAGGCUCGCCUGCAGUCGCCGUGCAUAAUCGAAGAGUUGUCAGUCGAAGACGGGGGUCUGCCCCCCACUGGCUCUGCGCCCGCCUCGCCGUUUCUUCCUCUGUCGCGACUGGAGUCGCGAGACGCGAAACGUCCACAGACGGCUGAAGCUCUGCUGGAGGCGAAAGACGAGACGCUCGACGGCUCGACUGUUUGGACAGUGUCGCGGCCUUUUUCCUCGGCCUCUACGCCGUGCGUUCGUCGCCAGGUGGAGUUGAAAACGGCGCACUCUGCGGAUCCGGCCCCGGCGCGGUCGCUCCGGUUCUGCCUCGCGACGGGGGAGGCUUCUUUCGCAGCAGGCGAUGGCGACGCACCCUUGUUUUCGUUGUUCCCUCUCGGGCAGACGCUGCCGAGCGAACGAGCGACCGAAAGGUGUGAGCGAGAAGCUGCGUCGAGACCAGGAAAAGUGGAUCUCGAGACGCAGACGGGCGCCUGGCGUGGCCAACCGUUUCUCCCGGACGCGAGCAACGGACACCUCUUCGAGCCAGUCUCGCCUCAUGCGCGCCGAGAGCUAUCGACUGCUUCGCUGCUGCGAAGCCUGUCUGAGCAAGAAGGCAAGGUCGAGACACUUUCUCUCUCGCCGUCUUCCCUUUUCGCGGCAGAGGGAAGAUGCCGAACGCGUUCGCUUUUGCCGGCGACACGCGAGAGAGCCUCAGAGACCGGCAGCGCUGCGGGUGUGGGAAGUGGGCGAGAACAAGGCGAGUCGCCUCGUCACGAGCAACUCGUACUCUCGCACGUCGCCGCGCACCAACAAGGCCUGCCGCCGCUUGUGGGCGCCGGCGCGGAGUCUCCGGUCGGAGAGGCGUUUCCGUUCUUCUCUUCCUCACCGAACGCGAGACACGCGCAGCGCAACAUGCGACACUCGCUCUUCUCACACACGGAGACAGAGCUCGCGCUCUCCCUCCUGCCGGCGCCGGAGCAAGCAGCCGCUCGGGGAGGGCCAGCUGGCGAAAAGGAAACAGUUGGGAAGGCGGGAGGGGCUGAAGUGUCUGGGCAGCGAGCGAGUUCUUCGCUUCACCCUGACGCGCGUCUCGAGAGCGAAGACAGGCCUCGUGUGCGCAGUGCAGCAGGUCGUGCCUUCUCGGUGUGUGUGGAAGUUCGCCAAGACGCCGCAGCUGAGAAGGGGACAGGGCCGACGGGGGAAAGCGUGCGGGGCGACGCAAAGACAGAUAAGGGAGAGGAGAGGGACACUGAGACGCGAGAAGAGCGGAGUUCAGAGAGAUGGUGUGUCACACGAGAGGUGAGACGCGAGGCGCUGGAGACGCCCAGGAACCCGAGCGAAGGCGAGAGAGACCGAGGAGACAGUUGUACGCUUUCGGCUCGGCCGAUGAGCGAUGCGGAGGGAGCGAGGGAGAGAAAAUCGUUUCCCCGCAGCUUUGACGCAGACGGGAGGGAGUGCGAAGUGCGGCGGUGGGAAAACGAGGGAGGCGACAAGCUUUUGGGAAGCCGCCUGGAGGCCCCGGAAGCGGGCGUCUUGAAAACAGACGUUUCUAGCGGUCUCGGCAGAAAGCGUCUCUCAAGUGGAAAAAUUUUCGUCUCCGAGGAGGGCGAGAGGAAACGUGGGGAAGGCGCGCAGCUGGACGCCGAGCAGGAUGGCGAGAUGGACGUGAAGGCCCGAAUCGACGCACUGGGCGGAGUUGCCCUUGACGCCGGCGCUCUGUUUUCACACCGAGGCUGCAAGGCCUCGGGAGCGAGAGGCGAACGCGGGGAGGAUCUUGAAAAAGUGCGAACAGGCAUGGACAGCGAGGAGGCGUGUCCUCCCCCGAGUGUCGCACAGAACGUGACAGAAACGCGCGACGCGGAGAAAUGCCUUCUCGCGCAUGCAUCAGCUCGCGGAGGCGCGGGAGACUCCGGUUUGCAGAGACCAGCGAAGAAAGCUGGCGACAAGCAGAGAGACGAAGGGACCAAAGCGGCGCCUCUUCGUGAAUUUCCGUCGCUCAGUGAGAGACCCAGAGGAAGAGAAGCGAGCCGCGCAGUAGGCGACGUCGAAGUCACAUCGAGACAGAAGCACACUCUGGAGAACGCGAUGGAGCCAGCAAAGUUGUCAGAAGGGUGUGAGAAGCGGACAGGUUCAGGUCCACUGUGCGCGUCCGCGGUGGCGACCGACGGUCGAGGGGACGCGGCAGGAGAGCGAGAUGGCGUUGCCGCAAAUGAACAGAGUGUCUUGGGAGGCGCGAAAGCGAAGGACAGUGCGCCGGAAAGAAAGGAGAAGCAUGAGGGACAGUCUCGGGGAGAGGUGAUCCGUUCGCAGCCGCACAAAGAAGGAACGUCGGAAGAAUGUGCAAAUCUAAAGGAUGUGCACCUUUCCGACAGGAAGAACAACGUCGAUAUGGAAUCCCUUCUCGAGAGAAUUGACGACAUCACUCGACAGCUGCCGCCUUCCGUCAUUGACGCCGUUCUCUGCAGCCUCGCGUCUGUUCGAGCGCCCAGUCCCGUGGACAGCUGA